UCUUCGUGGAGUUGGAAAGGGACCCGACGGGUCAUCUAGACCAACCCCGUGCAAUGCAGGGAUCGCAGCUGAAUUCAUGGAGGUUAGAUGCGGCUCCGCUAGCAGCGCAGAGAGCCUCCAUGUUUAGCGACAAUAUACCCCUGAGUGCUUGAUGCUGGGUGGCAAAUGACGGAAGAGGGCAGUUGCCCUGUUGCCCCCACUUUGUGGUCUUUCCUAAGGGGUCUGGCAGGGAAAGCAACCAUCGAUCUUUGGGUUAAUGCAGCUGCGCUCUUCCAAUGUUGUCUUCUAGCUGCUUAAGAUGCACUCUGCACAUGCUCAGUGCUGCUCUUUUUUCCUGGAGGACGACUUAGAAUCGUAGAGACGGAAGGGACCCAAAGGGUCAUCAAAUCCAACGCCCUGCAAUGCAGGAAAUUCAUCUCUUUCAAGGCCGAGAUGUGGUUUUGGGAACUGAUUUUGGAGCACAAUUCUUGAUUUUUUGUUCCGGUCACUCGUCCUUUCCCCUGGGGCUGCCGUCCUCUUGUGAACUAAGUAACCGUAUGGUCAGGUUUUGGCGAGACAGGGGCCUCAGUGUACCUGUCAUUACUGGGCACAAGCUGGGUAAGAGAGAGAGAGAGAGGGACUGAGACUGGCCAUUUCCAUUAUACCUGACUUGUAGGCUUCUCUGAGUCAUUUGACUGCACACUGCCGGAGACAUAAAUCUGGGAGCGCACACGAGGUGCGCCAGCAUGGACAAGAUUCUUGAAGCCAUUCUGAUGUCCUCCUACCCUGACCACAUGAAACAAGGGCUGGUGCGGCGAGUCAUCGAGGCUUCGAAGCAGUCGAUGGACAGCGAGCAGUGCUGGCUGAUGCUGGAGCUUUCAACCAAGCUAUUCCUGGUGGGCGACACCAAGUUCAAGAGGUCCGUCGGCAAAGAGGUCCUGGAAGCCUACGGCCAUUACCACCGGGAAGCCUUUGAAGAGUUCUUCAAUGCCCGUUUCCUCCUGAGCCUCUUGCAAGAGGGUUAUGGGCCUCUGGGGAAGAGGAGCGUUUAUGUGCUAGAUUAUAUCCACCUGGGGCUGCCCUUUGUCUCGGACGGACCCUCGGCCAACGACAUCUUCAGCCUGCUCAGGACGGAGGUUCUCCGGAAAGUCUGCGAGAGGCCGGGCCUGAAGCAGUGCGUCCGAAUCAGCAAGCUCUUAACCCAGUACCCGCAAUGUAUUCCCAUGGGCAAGCGCCAAGCCCUCUUUUGCCAGCAGCUUGUAAGGUGCAUCGGGCAGUUCCGCCCUGCCUCCGGAAGGGAGGAGGCCAUUGUGGACUUCCUGGACCAGGUGAUCAAAGUCAGCGUCUUGCUGCAGAAGAUCUGGAAGACUCAGGUGUCUUCCAUUCUCCCAUCCCUAAAAGAGCUCUUCACUAUCAUCUCAUCGACAGAUGAGCAGGACCCACCAUCGAUUGCCUUAGCCAGCGUGGUCCAGUACGUUCCCCUAGAACUCAUGGAUGGCAUCCUUAGAAACCUCACCAACGACGACAGCAUAACGGAUGUACAGAUGAUGAUGGCAAUUGGCAGGAUGAUUGAAUGGGUGUCUUGGCCUCUGGGGAAGAACAUCGACAAAUGGAUCAUAGCGUUGCUGAAGGGUUUGGCUGCGGUGAAGAAGUUCAGCAUCUUGAUUGAAAUCACGCUGUCCAAAAUUGAGAGGGUGUUUUCCAAGUUGCUGUACCCUAUUCUGCGAGAGGGAGAACUCUCUAUCCUGCGUUACAUGCUGUUGAGCUUCCAGCACUCCCACGAGGCAUUUCACUUGCUUCUCCCACACAUCCCUAGAGUGGUAGCUGCCCUCCACAAGGAAAACUCCAACUCUGCGGCAAGUUGCCUGGAACAACUGGCUGAGCUAAUCCACUGCAUGUUUUUCCGAUUCUCAGGAUUCCCAGAUCUCUACGAACCUGUCGUGGAGGCGAUAAAAACUCUCCCGAUUCCAAAUGAGGACCGAAUCAAAUAUCUGCUCGGGCAGAACGCCUGGACUUCCCAGAAGAACGAACUGGCCAGCUUUUAUCCUCGACUGGCUUCCAAAUCUGAAACGGGGAAAAUAGGGUUAAUCAACCUGGGGAACACCUGCUAUAUGAACAGCAUCAUCCAAGCACUCUUCAUGGCCUCUGACUUCAGGCGUUCAGUGUUGAGCUUAGCCGAAAACACUUCCCAGCCCUUGAUGGCGAAGCUGCGGUGGCUGUUUGCCUUUCUAGAGCACAGCCAGCGGCCUGCCAUCUCUCCCGAAAGCUUUUUCUCUGCUUCCUGGCCUCCCUGGUUCACCAGGGGAGCUCAGCAGGACUGCUCCGAAUACCUCAAGUACCUGCUCGAUCGGCUUCAUGAAGAAGAGAGAACAGGAAGGCGAAUCUACCAGAAGCUCAAAGAGUCCACGCUGAUAUCUCAGGCUGAGCAACAGCAGCCUGCAAGCAAGACUUUAAUUGAAAAAAUGUUUGGGGGCAGAAUUAAGACGAAAAUCCGGUGUCUGAAGUGCCUGAAAGUCUCUUCCAGAGAAGAAGCCUUCACGGACCUCUCCUUGGCUUUCCCACCAGCUGAUAAUCAUGUGCCUAUAGCCAGUAGCAGUACCUCUCUUUUACCGGUAGAAGAAAUGGGCCCGCAGGCCGUUCAGUCGGGCAUAGAAGUGCCAAGCAGGACAUGCGAUUCGCCAAGGAGGUUCACUAAGCCGGCUGCACCGGGAGAGAAUCACCCCCAAAUAUUGCCCGUCGAAACUUUGGGGCCUGGAAGUCAAGAGACUCCUUUGCCCCUGAGGGCUGAGCAAGACGCUACCGGCGCGAAGCCAGACGAAGACUUGGUGUUGGCUCUGAGGGAGCAAAUUCGCGGGCCCAUGGCCUCCAGAUCCGUCCCCGACCUGAUCAAUUAUUUCUUAUCGCCCGAGAUGCUGACGGCGGAGAACCGCUAUCACUGUGACAACUGCGCUUCCCUUCAGGACGCGGAGAAGCUGGCCGAACUGACGGAGGGGCCUCACUACCUCAUCCUCACCCUGCUGAGGUUCUCCUUUGACCUGAGGGCCAUGAGGAGGAGGAAGAUCCUAGACAACGUCUCCGUCCCGCUGGUGUUGAAGCUUCCGGUCUUGGCGUCUUCAGAGGACCCGAGCGGCGGAGCGAACCCGCCACGGAGCGCCUCUGCGCGCAAGGCCUUCGCUUCGGUGGUGUACGACCUUUGCAGCGUCGUGGUGCAUUCUGGGGUCUCCUCUGAGAGUGGCCAUUACUAUUGCUACGCCCGGGAGUGUGAGGAUGUGGCGGCCGAAAGCAACCUGAAGGACGCCUCUCGGAGCGGCGCCCCAGAGAAACCUCCGGACGUUGCGAUCCAGUGGUACCUCUUCAACGACACCAGAGUCUCAUUCUCGUCUUUCGAGUCUGUCAGCAAUGUGACAUCCUUCCUGCCCAAGGAUACGGCUUACCUGCUGUUCUAUAGGCAGAGGUCGAGCCAGUCGAGAGACGUGGGACGUGGGGCCACCGGAGAGUCUGGCCGGGUGAAUGGAGACUUGCAUUCUCCGGACAAAAGCCUGAUGGAAGCCAUUGCGAAGGAUAAUAUCCUGUACUUGCAAGCGCAAGAAAAGGAAGCCCGAAACAGAAGUGCCUACAUCUCGGCCUUGCCCAAGUCCCCUCUGUGGUGGAAAGACUUUGAUGGGGACGAUGACGAUAGCUCUUCAGGGGGUUGUGGGCACGACCCCGGUGGCGGGUCAAGCUCUUUUCAUGGACUCGUCUUCUAGCCAUUGUUGACCCGACACAAAACGGCCGACACUGUCACCACCAAGCAAGGCUUCACUGUGCUCAACGAUCCUUUGGCCUUUUUAAACUUCUUAGCAACUGGAGAGCUAGGUCCACCGUGGCCGAGACAGAGCACCACAACCGUUUGAACGGCCUGGCCCUACCGCUCCAUGGAAUUCUGGGAAAUGUAGUUCUCUGAGGGGUGCUGAGGAGGGAAAUCUCCGCUCCCUCACGGAACUACACUUCCUAGGACCGCCAGGAAGACUGAAUUCGAAGUGUCCUGAGGUGCCCCACCUACACCUUCUCCCCUUGCGAAAAGGUGGGAAAUCCUUUUGAGAAACCCCUCAAAAGGGGUGUCUUUUCAGGGAGGACAGUGCAGCAAACUGGACUCGAAGGCAUUUCUGCUGCCCUGUGAUACCUUUUCAAUGUAGAGCGGCGGCAGGUUCUGAACCCCUGUCCUGUUUUGAGUCUUCGUUGGCCAUGGAUAUUUUGAGUGGAACUGAAAGAGAAGUAGGAGCUUUGCAGGGGAUAGAACAAUAUGGCGGCUUAGAAUAAUUCAGGCCACAGGGCAACACCGUUGUUGAUCAGCACUGGCUUUGGGUGUAGCCGUGUGCCGCUAGGUUGAAGAUUAAAAUGGUGCACGUGCCCUCUCUCAUACUAGAUCUUGAAGCUCCUGGAUGUGCUAGUCCCCUUCUCAAGUACCCAACCUCAGCCUGUGGUACGUUAGGUAGCAGGUCUUACCUGCGCUCUAUCACAGAGCUCAGGUGAGUCAUGUCCCCUCGCUUCCAUCACAGAAGAAGCACUCUCUCCUCGUUGACCUAGACAGCCACCUAAGGAAGACUCAUGUUUAGAAAGGCUGGUCCUCCUGACAUGAAUCUUUCCUUUGCUGAUUUCCCCCAUUUCUUAUUCUAGGAAUCGCAAUGUCUGAGAAUAUAGUCCUGGCCGCGACUUGUCUCCUAGCGCCUCCACUCCAAAUCAGUAUGUUUAAGACUGUGGGUCAUGUGGUGCCUCUGCAGUAUAUGAAGGCAGAGGUUGCUAACUGAUUAUUUAGCUGGUUUUUAAAAAACGCACACCCAUGGCUGUCACUCAGAUUUUUCUUUGCUCUGGGAAAUCGCUGCUCUCGGGCUCAAUUCAUUGGUUGUUCAAAUCCAGGGUUACCGACGGGCUAAUAUUUUAAACUGUAUAAUGGAAUACACUAAUACAUACACAUGCAAAAACCA